CCUCCACCUACUCACGCCCACCAAAAUCCAAAUCCCCAAUAAAAUCCAAACCAAAAACAUACACAAUUCAUCACAUUCCCAACCGCCAUGGCUGCUCUCUGCUCCACCAGAUUCCUCCUCCUCCUCCUCUCCGCCGUCCCCGUCGCCUACAUCAUCCACUCCGAGACCUCGGACCGCGCCGCCCACGUCUACUCCUACGCCAGCAAAUCGUGGCUCCGCGAGUGCGCCAAGUGGGAUCAUCUCAACCGCCGCUUCAUCGUCUCCUUCUUCGAGGGCGGCGUCGGAGUCGUCCCGGUCAAGGAUGACGGCGCAAUGCUGGACGAGAUUACGGUGGUCGGAGACGCCGGCCCCGGGAAGAACUCCACGCUGGGAAUGGCGAUUGACCGGCCGAGGAAUCGCUUGCUGGUGGCGAUCGCCGACGUGCAAGGGAACAAGUACAGCGCCGUCGCCGCCUACGAUUUGACCUCGUGGAAUCGCCUAUUUCACACGCAGCUCGCCGGACCAGAGGGUGAGAAAACAUUCGCAGAUGAUGUGGCCGUUGAUACGGAAGGAAAUGCUUAUGUAACCGAUGUAAAGGGAAGCAAGCUUUGGAAGGUGGGUGUAGAUGGUGAGCUCCUUUACACCAUCAAGAGCCCCCUCUUUACCCCAAAAGAGUGGUACUACGGCUUGAUUGGUCUCAAUGGCAUAGUGUACCAUCCGAACGGGUAUUUGUUGGUCGGCCAUACCCUCUGGGGCAAGCUCUUCAAGGUUGAGAUAGGCAAGGGAGACGUGGUUAAGGAAGUCAACAUCAUUGGGGGCUCAUUGAUGUUUGGAGAUGGAUUGGAGCUCGUAUCACCCACAAAGCUCGUGGUUGCUGGCAAUACGGUGAAGAUGAUGGAGAGCACAGAUGAUUGGGAGACUGCCCACAUUGUAGGGAAGUCGAAGGCUCUUGGCCACCGUCUGGUGACAGCAGCCACGGUGAAGGAGGGUAAGGUUUAUCUGAACCACCUUGUUGGUUUGGGGUAUCCGAAGAGGAAACAUGUGCUCGUUGAGGCUAUAUUUACUUGAUUAUAACGAGACUCGAGUGGUUCGUUUUGAUCUGUUACUUCCUCGAAAGGCCAAUUGGUGGUGGUGGACUGGUGGUGUGUUCUUUUUUGUGUUUGCCUAUUUUAUUUGAAGUUAUGCAUAAAGAGAUGCGUGUAACGUUGCACUUGCCAUUGCAUUGCGUUUCUAUAAAGAUAUAGUACUACUUCUAUUUCAUAAUAACGUAGUUCGUACAUUUAAAUAUUUUAUGGUGAUAUUUUUCAUUAA